CUCUCAUUUAAAAGAAUGUGUGCCCUAUUAAACAGUUUAAGGUCGAAUAGAAUAUCUAACAACAUUAUAACUAUGAAUCAGGGUUGGUACCCUUGAUUUAUGUCAAUACAUUCUAUGCGUUAGAUGUUGUACAUUGUUAUUAAAAAGUGGAACCCACUUUUCCAUUUGGCUUUUUUACCCUUUAUAGGCCGUUAAACUUUUAUCCUCCGUUAACUCACCGUUGUUGAGUGAAUCGAUGGACGCCAUAGGUACUGAAGACUACGCUUUGUUGUAUGAGCAAUAUUUGCUAAGGGAGAAAGAAGAGAAAUUGAAAGUGGGAACCAAGCCAGCAGCUGAUGUGGUUAAGACUUUCUUACUGAUCGAGAGCAGCCCAGUCAUCCCAUCCGCUAUUGUUGAGGAGAGUAGUGUGGUCUCUGCCAAUGCUGUAAGCAGUGAAGAUGGGUAUGAAGUUGGACUGGGGAUGGAUGUAGUUGGGUAUGGGAUCGAGAGAGCGAUGUGGUCCUUUUCGAGAGUUGCGGAAGACGGAGCGGCAACCGUGAUGGGCGGUGGUACGUGACAGCAGGUCAUUCGGAUGAUGGGCGGUGGUACUUGGCAGCAGCUCAUUCGUGCGGUGAUACUUGAUGGCGGCGGAGAAAUUGGUGACAAUUCAUUCGGGUUUUCGGAUCUUUCAAUUUUUGCCUAGGGAAAUGUUAUGAAAUAACCUUGAAGUGUUCCUAGGUCACAGGUGGAUAGAUGGAAUCAGCAAAGGGAGAACGGCACCUUUCCAGAUUUGCUGUGAGUGUCUCUGGGUCACUAUCAUCACAUUUGAUUCCAUUACAUUCAAUGGGAAUCACUAUAAUUUGUUAGUGACAGUAACUUUGCCUUGUUUGCCUCACUAGCUCAAUCAAAAUGAGUUUACUUCACCAAUGCCCAGUAAUUAAACUCAAUCUAGCAUGCCAUUCUUCUUCUUCUUACACAAAAUUCACCCUACUUAAUUUAUACAUAUUAAGAUAAUAGAUUUUACAAAGUUAGUAAGAUAUGUAAGUAUUGAUCAUGGGGCA